AUGAGGGGUAUGAUUGGUGGAUUGCUGUGGAUAGCGAUGAUUUUUUGUGACGUGCCAGUGAAGGAAGGGUAUAAUGAGUGGAGAAAUGGUGUGGUUGAUCUCCGAGAGUCUGUUGCAGUGGGGAUAGAUCUUGGAACCACAUAUAGCUGCGUGUGUGUGUGGAAGCCGUCGACGAAGGACACUGAGUUUGUGUAUGCAGAGAGUGGAGAGCAGACGUCGCCGUCUGUUGUGAACUUUAAGAAGGAGACGGACUCGGAAGGGAAGAUGAGAUAUGAGGCGGUUGCAGGAUGGCCUGGGAUGCACACAUACAAUGAAAAAGGAAAUGCAAACACGUAUUUCUAUGCAUUCAAGAGGGCUAUGGGUAUUGAUGACCUGUCAAACAUUGACACGAAGGUUGAAGAGAUAAAGAAUAAUGCGUCCGUUCCUAUAUUUGUUGAAAAUGUUGGUGGAAAGCGAAGGGUUGCAUAUAAGUUGCAGGAAGAGGAAAGUAAUGAGUAUCAGUCUGUGACGCCUGAAGAGCUUUCGCGCUAUGUGCUGAGCAUGCUUAAGAACUACAUUUUGAAGGAUUACAAGAUCGAAGGACUGACAAUUACGGUUCCUGCGUAUUUCAAUUUGAACCAGCAAUCUGCAACAAUAGAAGCUGCAAAGCUGGCCGGGUUUCCUAUACCGAAAAUAUGGAAGGAGCCGGCGGCAGCAGCGCUUGCAUACACGCAUGACUUGAUCAAGAAGGGUGUUUUGAAGAAGGAUGACAACGACUUUAAUGAGAUGAAUAUAUGUGUAUUUGAUCUUGGGGGAGGUACGUUUGAUGUUUCUAUUGUUGAGCCGUCUAAAGGGCUGAUGCUAGUGCCGGUCUAUGGAGGGGACAAUUAUCUGGGAGGAGAGAAUGUGAAUGACAAUUUGACGAACUACUUUGCAGACUACAUUAAAAAGCAGGUGGGGUUUGAUGUGAUGCAUAAUCAGAACGUGAAGCUGAGGCUGAGGAACAUUGUGGAGGGUAUGAAGAUUGAGCUGUGCAACAAGGUUCGUGAGUCUCCUGGAAGGAAAUCUAAUGAAAUGGUAAGUAGUCCGUUUAUUUAUGAAGGGGAGAAGUCGAUUGAGUUGAGAUUGUCGAAUGAGAAGUUUAAUGAGCUGAAUGAGGGCUUCUAUGUGAAGAUAAGGAAUGUGAUGAACAAGAUGCUUAGCAAUAAUGGGAAAGAAAGCGGCGGAUAUGAUAAGAAUUCAGUGCAUAGGGUAUUGCUUGUGGGAGGGUCUACAAGGAUUCCAAAGGUGAUUGAUAUUGUGGAGGAGAUAUUUGGAGCCAACAAGAUACAUUAUGAAGGAGUAGACGCGGACACGAUAGUUGCGAGAGGAGCAGCACUACAUACGGCAGGGGAGAUUGGGAUGCUUGGGGAUGAUGAGAAGAUACAAACGGUUGACAGUAUUCCGCUUUCGCUUGGAAUAUGCACGGAGGAGGAUCAUUUUGAGCAGAUUAUUGCAAAGGGUGAGUUUAUACCAGCGCAGGGAUCGAAAGAGUUUACUACAGCAAGCGACAACCAGACAAAGGUCAGAAUACGUCUUGCACAAGGAGGAAUGGAGAGUUUUAAGGAGAAUGUAUAUAUUGGGGACAUUGAGUUUGAUCUUCCGGGGAAUCAGCCGAAAGGAGGUCCAAGGAUAGAGGUUACAAUUGAUAUGAAUGCGAAUGGAGAGAUUAAAUUGAGUGCUGAAGACAAGCAGACCGGAAGUAAGAAAGAUGCAAGGUUUGACUCAAAUGUUGCCAAGAUGACUCCACAGGAUAUCAAAAGGAUGGAGGAGAGAUUGUAUAGUGAGGAAAACAAGGAGUUGAAAGAGAAGAGAGAGGUUAUCAAGCGAUUUGAGUAUAUCUUGGAUAUUACUGAUAAAGGAGAAGAUUUUAAGAGGAUUCCUGACGAGGUAAAGAAAGAUGCAGUCGAGCAUAUUGCCAAGAUGAAGUUAUGGCUUGAGAAAAACAAAGAGAGCUUGUCGAGGGUUGAGAUUGAGUAUAAACUACAGCAGUUUGUUGAUGAGAUGAAGGGAUAUGUGCCGGCUCAAGCUGUAGUGGAAGAGGUGCCAUCACAGCCUGUGCCUGAAGAAAAAGAAACGGGAAGGGAAGAGCUCUGA